UUGUCAAUACCAACCUGAAGUUCUCUGUUUGGCACUGAAGCCCCAUGGAAAAAAGGCAGAUGGUAUCAUCAACCGAGGAAGAGGAAGACAGCCACCGCGAGUAUGCUAUGCAAUUGGUAAGCGCAUCUGUACUGCCUAUGGUGUUGAAAGCAGCCUUGGAGCUGGGUGUGCUGGACAUCAUAGGGAGGGCUGGACCAGGGGCACUUCUCUCCCCUUCAGAGAUCGCAUCCCACAUCCCCACCCACAACCCUGAUGCCCCUUUUGCACUUGAUCGCAUCCUCCGCCUUUUGGCUAGCCAUUCCAUUCUUACUUACUCUCUUGACACCCACCAUGAUGGCAAGGUCCAUAGGCUCUAUGGUUUAGCACCCGUGGCCAAAUACUUCGUCCCAAACCAAGAUGGAGUUUCGCUGGCUAUUUACCUACGAACCAUUCAGGACAAGGUCACAGUGGAUAUCUGGCACCAUCUUAAAGAUGCAGUUGUGGAAGGGGGACUGCCAUUUAGAAGAUCCUACGGAAUGGAUGCCAUUGAUUAUGUGGGGAAGGAUGCCAGGUUCUUCGAGAUGCUCAAGGCCUCCAACAGGGACUACAUCCCAAUGUUCAUGAACAAAAUCCUGGAAACUUACAAAGGUUUUGAAGGUCUAAAAUCAUUGGUGGACGUGGCUGGAGGCAACGGCAGUGUCCUCAAUUUCAUCGUUUCCAGGUAUCCUUCCAUCAAGGGUAUCAACUUCGAUUUGGCCCCUGUUAUAGAGAAGUUGCCCUCUUACCCUGGCAUUGAGCAUGUUGCAGGGGAUAUGUUCACAAGCGUUCCAAAAGGAGAUGCCAUCUUCAUGAAGAAUAUACUUCACAGUUGGAGUGAUGAGCACUGCGUGAAGCUACUAAGGAAUUGCUACCAUGCAUUACCAGACAAUGGAAAAGUCAUUGUGGUGGAUGCGGUGAUCCCAGAUGCCCCCGAACCAAGCGCUCAGGUGAAAAGCACAUAUCAGCUUGAUUUGUUUAUGAUGAAUUUGAACCCUGAUGGGAAGGAGAGGACAGAAAAAGAAUUUGCAGAAUUAGCAAAAGAAGCUGGAUUUUUCAGUACCAAAGUGGCCUGCUGUGCUUAUAGUUUCUCACUGGUGGAAUUCCAUAAAAAGAUGUAGCAUGAUUUUAUCAUGAUAGUAAUAUAGAGAAAUGAGGAUUGUUGUAAGUUUUGAUACUAGUAAUAUAGGGAAAUGAGGGUUGUUGGAAGAAGAGUUUAGGCUUGAUCGGUAUUGAACUGAAGCACAUUUCACCAUUUUUUUAUCAUCUCA